ACUCUGCCCAAAGCCAUGGCCAAUGCCCUCUGGGACACCAGGGCCAUCUCCUAUCAAGGAUGUGCUGCUCAGGUCUUUCUGUUUGUCUGCUUCGUUGGAGCAGAAUUUUAUGUUCUCACCAUCAUGUCCUACGACCGCUACGUUGCCAUCUGCAAGCCCCUGCACUACGGGAGCCUUGUGGGCAGCAGAGCUUGUGCCCAGAUGGCAGCAGCUGCCUGGGGCAGUGGCUUUCUGCACGCUGUGCUGCACACUGCCAAUCUAUUUUCACUACCUCUUUGCCAUGGUAAUGCCUUGGACCAGUUCUUCUGCGAAGUGCCCCAGAUCCUCAAGCUCUCCUGCUCAGACUCAGACUACUUCAGGGAAGUUGGGUUCAUUGCAUUUAGCUUCUGUUUAGGUGUUGUUUGCUUUGUUUUCAUUGUGCUGUCCUAUAUUCAGAUCCUCAGGGUGGUGCUGAGGAUGCCCUCUGAGCACGGCCGGCACAAAGCCUUUUCCACGUGCCUCCCCCACCUGGCCGUGGUCUCGCUGUCUAUCAGCACUGCCACAUUUGCCCACCUGAAGCCCCCCUUCAUCUACUCUGCACACCUGGAGCUGGUGGUGUCAGUUCUGUACUCGGUGGUACCUCCAGCAGUGAACCCACUCAUCUACAGCAUAAAGAACCAGGAGCUCAAGCAUGCACUGAAGAAGCUGUUUCAGUUGUCUUCCAGAAGCAGUUAG